CUUCCAGCUGAACUUAAGAUCUAACUAUUGACUCUAAAUACAAGUGUAGUAGACAUUGUUAAUGCUUGGAUUUCUUCAAAAUUUACUGAUAACUAGACAGUGUAUCUCUUUAGUAUUCUGAUAAACACGGUAAACGCGCGAACAUAACGAAAGUCAUAAUACUAGCAUACAUGCGAAGUGGAUCAUCCGUAACUGGCAAGAUACUCGAACAAGCUCGAAACGCCAUAUAUUAUUUCGAACCACUUCGCAAACUUUCCUUUUACAGCUAUGCUAACCAACCGUUAACAAGCAUUGAUGAUAAAAAAAGAUAUUUCGCAACUAACAAAUCGGUAGAAAAGGGAAAAAUACAAAUUUUGAAAGCACAUCUUAAUUGUAAAUUUCGUAACACUUUUGUGGAAACAUUACUUGACAGAGCAGUUUCAGGAUGCAAAAUUUGUAAAAAAUUUAAUCAGUGUCUUAAAAAAAAUAAUAGUGUGCCGAUGGUUAACAAAUGCCUGCCACAAUUACAAAAUGUGUGUAAUUCAGCUAAUGUCAGAAUUGCUAAAGUAAUCCGCCUUGAUAUGAAUUUAGUACCCGAGUUAUUACAGUCGGAUUCGAACCUAUAUGUUGUACACCUUAUUAGAGAUCCACGUGCUAUUUUGAGAUCCCGUUCAAAAGUGGGUUUAAAAAUUUUAGAAGGUGAAAAACAUACAAAACGUCUCUGUUCUCAAAUAUAUUAUAAUGCUAUAAAAACUAUUGAACUCAAGAAAAUUCCACAGUUUAAAGAGAGAAUAAUGACACUUUUUUACGAAAAUCUUAGCGAGAAUCCCAUUGCUGUUACGAAGGAUAUGUACCAUUUCCUUCACAUUCCAUUUACAGAAAAUGUUCAAGAAUGGAUUCGCCGAAAUAUGCUAGGCAAAAAUUUGAACAAAAAUCCAUUUUCAGUUUCGGCACGAAACUCCUUAUUUCAUACUCGGGAAUGGCGUUUAAAGUCUGCGUAUGAUUUCGUCAAAGAUGUGGAUGAAGCAUGUUUAUAUGUGUAUAAACUGCUUGGGUAUAAAGCAGCCAGAGAUAUCAAUCAUCUUCGGAAUAUUUCGGAGAGCUUUUUUGAUAUAAAUCGUUUCUAGUGUUAAUUUUUAAAGAGCAAGGCCAUCACUAGACUUUAGUGCCUGGGGCUGCUUCCAAAUAAUCUGGGUGGGCACUAAUUAGUAAUAAUGCUAAAGUGCAGUUUCGAAAUAAAUGUAUCACUGUAAGGUUUUUCGACAACUUUGUCAAUAAGCGGAGUCCUGAUCGAAGCCCGUCAUUUAACCUGACAUAACUUUUUUUUAUUUUUUGGUAUUUUCAGAAAAAUUUUAUGGAUUAGUGUUCUACUCCGUGAAGUUUGUACGACUGCGCAAUUUUUAAAAAAUUAAUUCCUAUUUUUAAAACCAUAGUUUUACAAUACGGACAGUCCGAAUCUGCCAUUCCUUGGAUCUUUUCGGUUUGAAGGG